CCCCUCGCCGCUUUCCCCAGCGGCGGCCGGCCUGCGCGCCGCCCUCCCCCGCUGAUGCAAUCGGAGCCCGCAAGCGGCGGCAACGGCCACGGAGGCAGCGGCAGCAGCGGCGCCGGCAACGGCAACGGCAGCGGAUCGGCCGGUCCGGAGCCCGCCCAGCUCUCCGCCGCUGCCGGCGGAGCCGCACCCGCAGCCGGGGAGCCGGAGACCUGCGGGGCCCCGGCGGCAGCAGCAGCAGCAGCAGCAGUACCAGCGCUCCCCGCGACGAACCGAGAGCCCGCUCCGCCGCGGAAAUACCCGGCGUUCGCCAGCAUGAUGAAGGGCUGUCAGAAUGACUGCAAGGCUGGGGGAUGUCCGGGAGAAACAGCAAAGCAUGUAACUGAAUCUUUCAAGGCUUCAGACUUGAUUAUCACCCCAGCUACAACUUUCAAGGAAAAACCAGACCCCAAUGGUUUGGUAUUUGGAACUGUGUUCACUGAUAAUAUGCUGACAAUUGAGUGGUCCUUGGCUUCAGGAUGGGAGAAACCUUAUAUUAAGCCACUUGAGAACCUUUCGUUGCAUCCAGCCUCGUCAUCUCUGCAUUAUGCUGUAGAAUUGUUUGAAGGAAUGAAGGCUUACCGAGGAGUGGAUGGCAAAAUCCGCCUGUUCCGGCCAACUCUCAACAUGGACAGGAUGGCGCGAUCAGCAAGACGAGCAGCUCUGCCAUGUUUUGACCAGAAUGAGCUGUUAGAGUGCAUCCGGAAGCUUGUGGAAGUGGAAAAGGAGUGGGUCCCAUACUCAACCACUGCCAGCCUGUACAUCCGUCCUACCUUAAUUGGAACUGAGCCUUCCCUUGGAGUGAAGAAGCCAACUAAAGCCCUACUGUACGUCAUAAUGAGCCCAGUGGGCCCUUACUUUGCAAGUGGAAGCUUUAAUCCAAUAUCCUUAUGGGCAGAUCCAAAAUAUGUAAGAGCCUGGAAAGGAGGAACAGGGGACUGCAAACUGGGAGGGAAUUAUGGUUCUUCUAUUUAUGCCCAGCAAGAAGCCCAGGAGUUAGGCUGCCAGCAGGUUUUGUGGCUCUAUGGAGAAGACCACCAAAUAACUGAAGUUGGAACAAUGAAUCUGUUUCUCUACUGGAUAAAUGAAGACGGAGAGAAUGAACUGGCAACCCCACCUUUAGAUGGCAUCAUCCUUCCAGGAGUGACAAGACAAAGCAUUUUGGAUCUGGCACGCAACUGGGGAGAAUUUAAAGUGUCUGAGCGAUACAUCACCAUGAGUGACCUGACAGCUGCCUUGGAAGAGAACAGAGUAAAGGAGAUGUUUGGUGCUGGAACAGCUUGUAUUGUGUGUCCUAUUUCUAAAAUUUUAUAUAAGGGCAAGCAUUUGCAUAUUCCAACGAUGGAGAAUGGACCUCAGGUAACAACCCGUUUCCUGAAUAAGCUGACUGAUAUCCAGUAUGGAAGAGAAGACAGCGAUUGGACAGUGCUGGUGUCAUGAAGGUGGAAGAGUUGAGACCCUUCAGACAGAGCAGACAUGAUAACUUCUGUAGCUGCCUGUGCAUAGCAUAGUUUCUGUACAAAUUUGCUCCCCAGGAUGAUUGUUUCCACAAUCUGGCAAAUGUGAACACAAUCAUUUUGAUUUCUACUGUAAUCCUUCUGGUAGAAGCCUGUCUUCUUGGUAGAGGUGCUAAAUGUUAGCAAUACAACUUUCCUAAUGAUUUCCUUAGUGCCUCCUUGUGUCUUUUGUACAGCCUAAAAACUGCUCUUCAACUGCUCUUCAGUUUGUUUUGGUUUUUUUAACUGCCAUUCCCAUUGUCACAUAACACAAAGAUGUUGCCUGUUAGUUGGCCACAGGGUUCUAUUGAUGUUAUUUUGCCUUUUUCUCUGUGUGGGGAAAACACUUUAAGUUUAGCCAUAAGCUCUUCCCUUUCAUACUCUGCUUGUAUGGGAGAUUCCUGAGUUUGCACAGCCCUCUAGGAUACUGUGUCAAAUAACAGCUCUGUCCUUUAGGCCAAAAUCCUCCAAGUUGAUCUAGCCUGCAAUAGGCUCCCUGUUGGGCUAUUGCCUUUCCCUCCAUGGGGAUACACUGUGGCUGCUUGGGCACUGCAUACCUCCCUCAUAGUUUAAUACAUCCUUCCAUACAGGAUUUACAGGGUUGAGCCAGGUCCUGCUCAGACAAGAAUCACCCUUUGUCUGGCCUAGCACAGAGCUGGGCACUGCGGCCACAGCGCUGCCUUCCGACUGAAUGUCUAGAAAAUAAGAUUAGACAACUGUGGCUGUGAAAGUUGAACCACUCCUCAGAGCAACCUAGCCUUUAGAUCGAGGAAUUUCUUUCGACGUCCAGUCACAUAAUUUAGAUCCGCAAAAUGUUUUCCUUGUCCCCUUCACCACUUGCUAUGAAAUGUAUCCAGCCUCCGUUGACACAUGUGUACCUUAAUAGGGCCUUCCUAUUAAGGAACGAGCUAUGUUGUCAGCUGAAAAUACCUAGCACAAGAAGGAAAGAGAUUUCAUUCAAACCCCAGAUUUGUCCUGAUUAAGCACAUACUUCUUCAUUCAUAUACUGCUAUUCUCUCACAUGCAGUCCUAAUACUAUUUGAAAGCAACAUAGAGCAUGUAGCCCAUAAUUAGGGAAAUAACUUCUGCAAAUGUUCGCUAACAAUUAUACUGUAAUAUUUAUGAGAUUUCUCUUCUUGCACACGGCUUUGUCGAACAGCUUUAAGAUAUCUCUUGCCAAAAAGGAUCACCAUAUUCUGUGUCAAUGUUCCAAAGUGCUACUUCAGUGUAAAACUGGUGGAACUUUAUUAACACUAAUGGAGUCCUAUAAGAAGUAAAAGUGAAACACUUAUUGCCAUAGUUUGCCGUAGAGAUGAACCAGUAUUAAGGGAAAUAUUUAGCACUUUAUUAUAUUUAAGACCCAACAGUAUCUCUCCCAUGCAUUAUAAGUCCUUUGUAGUUACGGGCAUUUGUUAACAUUUUAAAACAUUCUAACAGAUUAAAAAGGCAAAAUGUAAUUUCUAACAGACCAUCCAUGCCUUACGCAACUGCUAAAAAGCAGCCUUAUGUCUUUCUUGUUAAUUUUUGGUCAGAUUUUAAAGACAACACCUACUUAACUAUCACUUUCUUUUGCUCCCUCAAAUCAUGACUUUUACUGUCUUUCACUGUGGUCCAAUCUGAUCUUUUAAUGAAGAACAGUUGAAGGUUCUCUCUGACAAUGUAACCAUUGUUAAAAUUUAUUAGAUAGUUUUCUCUUUAGAAUACAACCGCAAGCACAAAGUGUUGCUUCGCUUACAGUAGCCAUAGUAUUGUGUGUCUGCUUUUCUGACCAUUUGAGUCUAUUUCGUGUCCUGGUCUUUGUUCAGUGUGUAUUAUAAGCUGCUGGGUAGUCUUUCUUUUUUAUUUAAUUAUAUGGGUGGAAAAAUUAACACGAGGAAUAUGUCAAGAUGCAACGUGGGGUAGAGAGUUUUAUCCAAUGAGACAAGUAUCAUAAUUAAAGAGUGCCUUUAACUAGAGUGUGGCAUGGAGCUCUCUAAAGAUUAUGUAAUGAGCAACCACAUGUGGCUUCCUGGUACUGAACUAUCUAAUCUGUCCCCUUGUGUUCAUCUUAGAUUUAGCAGCAAAAGGAAAAGUGGAAAUAUCUAAUUUCAGAUGCACGGCAAACCAGUUGUAUGAUACCUUAACAUCUCAGGAUGUUGAUAGCGAUGACAGGUAUCGUAUGUCAAAAAUCCCAAAGAAGGCAUCAGUAUACCAGCAGUAAUCUAUUCACUAGUCAGAAUGAAUAAGGACCAGUUAGUAGAAUUAUUUUACUGUGGUGUAAACUUAAAAGUUGUGUAAAACGCCCCUUAAAUUGGAUGCAAGUAAUUUAAUGUGAGGAAACCAGAUGUUUUCAUUUAUUGUGGUUUGCACUGUUUCCUGCACUGACCAGAGAGACACCUUUCCUUUUACUGCACAUUUUGAGCCGAUGGAGAUUUCAGAAUGAUGAGAGUUGAAACUGGAGUGACCCACAGAAAUGCACAGACUUUUGUAGAAGAGAAGAAUGAGAACAAUGUAGCGUGUGUAUGUUAACUGUUGUCUUUAGCAUCCUGGUUAAUUGCUUUACUCCGGCUGUGUCAACUCAAAGCGGUGCUUGUUUCCAAAUGAGAUUCAAGCGAAUAGGUUCUAGAUUUUAAACUUUAAAGCAUAAAUAAGGGAGCUGAUGGGUGAGUAUAAUACAGGAAAUUCUUCUGAUGUUGCAUGCUGUUCUGCCACUGCUUUUUUAUCCUGUUAACCAAAGGAAAGAAAUAAUAUGUGUAAAUAAUAGUGAGUAUUUGGUAUUGCAUUCUUCCUAUUUUUGCCUGUAAAAUUUAGGAGGGAACUGUGAUAUUCCCUGAGCUAAUAAUAGAUUGUAAAAGAACAUCUGCACAUCUUUUCUCCAUGUGCCCUAUUUGUUUAAUUGCAACGGAUUUACAUAGAAAGAGUAUGGUACAUCAUAACUAGGCAAUUAUCUAUUCUUCAUCACUUAGUUAUGGUUCUGCUAAUUGAUCAUUUAAGACAUAAGAUACUCUAACAUUAGGAGAAUUUGAGACUGUUCAAAAAAGAUCAACAAAUUAAUAUUGUUGUGUGAUAUUUGCAUAAUUGGCUGCAAUUAUUUAAUGUUUAAUUGGGUUGAUCAAAUGAGAUUCAGCCUUUCACAUGCUUAUGUUUUACAAACACUGGUACUUUAAAAUGAUAAUAAUGAACUCUCAUUUUUGUAUGUUCUUUCUUCUCCCCUUCAUUCUUUUGAUUAUUAUUUUCAGUAUUGAGCAUGUCCUUAAUUUUCAGUUUGGUGAGCGUGAUUCAUGCAUAGGAAAGAAGUCCUUCAAAUGAGAGGGCUUUGCAUGAAACAAGCAUUUCAUACAAGCUGUUCUGAUGCCAAGAGUUAUGGCUUCAGCAACUGGCAUCACUUAACUAGAUUUCUAACUGCAAGGAGGGCAAAUUCGCUGAGAAUUUACAGUGACAGGCUCUGGUGAGAAUGCUAAUAAAGUUUCCUGCUUAGGGUAGAUAAACUGGUUUGUCUGUAGCAGUGCAAAGCAAACAUGGUUUUUCUGGGAUAUAGAAGGGAAGUCUGAUAAGACGAGACCAAGAUAGUGAGAGAUCUCUCUGCCCAGCCAUUGUUUACACCUGUUCAACUGUCUCAAGCCAAAAAGCAGUUGUCCUCCACUCCUCCUCUUUCCAGAGAAACUCUUGUUUUGGGUUUACCUAAUUCAACAGAGAGAUACCAUUGAUCCUCUCCUAUAUACUUAUUUUAUACUUAUUUUUCCUCAGGCAUGAAGAAUGGUAAUUUGGAAAAAUGUGAUAUCUGGAGUGCAAAUUAUUUGAAAUGCCUGUCUAACACAUGGUUUUCCAAGGAGGUAGACAGAAAAACAGCUGGGACUGAUCUCAUAGCCACCUAAUUAGAGGAGAAACCCUCUCGAAUUCAAUGGCCUCUCCACAACGAUCUGCAUAAUCUCAAGAGAUUGCUUAGUGUGAACUGUCUGUUGAUAGUGCCUUGCAAUGAAAUAGAAUACAGAGAUGGUAGCACAGCCUGCCAGACUAUGGCACAUUGGCACUCUCUGCAUGGGAUUCACCCUGCUGAUGGUAAGUUUUAACGUCCCAGUGGCAGGCUUGUAUACUGGGAGGUGGGCAGGUGUAAAUGGUGGCUGAGCGUGCCCUGAGGUGGGCUGUUCCUUGCUAUCUUUCUUUCCCUUCCACACAGACUUGGAACACCUUUUCCCCAGCCUCUUAUCAUGAUGCUGCUAAGUCUCAUACCUAAAUGUGACCAUUUAAGCAAAUUUUGCAUUCUUUUUGCUUUUAGCAGUAGUGGCAGUUUAAAAAAGAGAAGUAUUUGGUUCAUCUUGAAGGUGUUCAGGGAUCAGACUUGCACUUCACCACCUGUGCACGUGUAAUGCCUGAACAAACUGCCACUGACGUUGUGACCCUGGACAAGUUAUCCAACCUCUUUGUAAGUGCAGAGUAGUAGUACUGCCACUUAUACCUCUUUUAACUCCGAUUCAAACUUUUGCAUAAAAAGUUAUUUCAUACAGAUCAAAUAAGCUUUCUAGAAAGCUUCUUAAGCAGCAGAGAGAGAUGCCAUGUAAAGUCCAGUAUUUCAAGGAUUGAUUUAGAGUGGAAGUAUCUUGAUUAUGCAGGAGAAAAACGUUAUUUGAAUGAGAAAUAUAUUUAAGGUUUGCUGUAUGAACCCACAAACAAGCAAAAUAUAUAGUUCAGAACAUAAAGUAGCUUACAGAAAGAUCUUGAGAAUUCACCUCCACCUCCCAAACAGUGCUGUCUUAUUUAAAAGUGAUGCUUGAAAGAAGCAUUGUACCUAUCAAUGUAGAGUCAUUAGAUUACAACUAUUCUAGAGGUACACUUUGUCAUGUAGCACUGAGACAGACCUCUUCAUCAACCUCAACUACGCAUUUUCUGAACUGCAAUAUUUAGCAAAUGGUAAGUGUCAGAGAGCUGUGUUUUACUGUAUUUUGCCACUGUUCUCAAGAUUUGGAAAAAUAAUUCAUAGAUCCUAAGUUAUUUAAGCUGAGUAACUUCCUAAUAAGUAUUCAUAUUUUUAGUCAUAAUAGCCAAAGAGAGUACUGGUAUUACAUUGAUGAAAAAUAUUGUUGUUGCAAUCCUUCUGUCCAUGCCUUGCUUUAAGCAUGAUGAUCAUAAGUGGGAAUUCCAGGGUAUUUUCCCUGACUGUGCAAAAUCUGAGUGCCAUCUAUAGCAUACUUGGCAAAUGCAUCCUGAACUCCAUAAACGAAACUGACUUGUCCAUUACCUUGAGCUAGAACAGUCAAGUACGUUAGGGCUUAGCAGAUGUGGAGCAAUGCUGAAUUAGAAUAGUCAAGAAUACUUCAAAUUUAACAAAAUUUUGGAAUUAGUAGCUCAGAUAGAUAGAUAGAAAUAAAUCUCACUGACCACGUUAGCAAGGUUAACCACACCCAAAUCUACUAAAAAAACCAGUGUUUAAAUUCACUAGAUCCUCAUCCCUUUCUCUGAACAUGAAUUUAUACUGUUUGCUUAUCUUAAAACUUAAUUUAUUAUGUCUGAUUUUUACCAUAAUCCUGAAUUCUCAUUACAUGCUUUUAAAAAAGAAUCUUAAAUCUCAUGUUCAUAGGAAGAUCUUAAGGAGGAUUUAAGACCUUGAUCUAGAGUUUUAAAGUCUUUAAAAUAUCUGCUGGAUAAAGUUAAGGUAGAAAAAGUGAAGGCAACUUUGUGGAAGUAAUUAACUACAGUGUUCCAAAUGGUUUUCCAACAUUGAUAAUUUUUUGUUUUUACCAAAGAGGUAUGCAGGGAAUAGAGGAUAAAAUAAACGUAGUGGUUUUUUUUUUUUUUCUAAGCAAGAGUUGGGAAAGUUUCUAAGAGCUGGUUCUCUUAAUAAUGCCAACUCUUUAUAGGACUUGAUUCGGUCAGGCUUGGAGCAGUCAUUUAAGUGUGAGAUGGAGGAGCUCAGAAGUUACUUCAGACGGUACUAUCUUGCAGGAACAGAUUUUUGUUCAUUUUAUGAUCACAGCAAUCGAGAUAUGAACAAGGAAUCUUUUAAAUUUUGCACCUUUUCACAAAAAUUUUGCUUUUCAUUUUAGACUUCUGAUACAGUAUCACUGAACUAUUAUCUUAAAAUAUCAUGUCUCAGUAGAUUAUGAGAAGAAAGCAAACAUUCUUAUUCUUUAUGUAACCACCUUCUUGCUGGUGAUUGCUAUGCCAAAUCCUCUCUUCGUUAUGAUUUGGUCACCACUAGAAUUGUGACCUCUUCAGGUGAAAUAAAGGUUUUUUUCUCUACUGUGCCCUACUAGAGCACUCUCUGUUUUUUAGUAAGUACUAAGUGCUUGCAGCAAAUGCCAGAGCAAAAAGUUAAGUGAAAACUCUUCUGUCUCCAGAACAGGCAUGCUAAGGAAUGAGAGUAAAACUACCCAGCAAGUCAGUCAAGACAGGAGGUCAGAAGAACGUCAUUACCAUUCUCAUUCAGCCCAAAACAGAGACGACCUAGGUAUACCAAAUGUCUAGCAGGAUGGUAGAUUGCUAUUUAAGAAUGCUUUUACUCAGUUGCUUAAAUACUUACAUUUGUGCCUACUUUUUCAUAACUCGGGCCCUAGUAUGUUGACUGAAACCUGCAACAUACUUUUAUGUGUCAUGAAACAGUAAAAUAUUAGAUCAAAACAAACAGGUAAUGCUCCAGAUCAUCUAACAGUGAGAAACUGUUUUCUACAGGUCAGUGGCCUAUUCUGUUCCCAUAAUUUAUAUUUAUUUUCUAAUGGCCCAGUAGCUGACUAGAAUUGCAAGUAGGAGACAAAUAUAUCAUUAGCUCUAUCCCAUAGUUGAGGAUGUUGACAAAGAGUGAAACUAUUCCCUCCAUCUCCUGGGGAGAUGGCUUGGGACUCUAGCUAGGCCGUUGUAGUAGAUGGAAUGUAAAAGGUUCUUUGCCAUGAUGGAGACAAGUAAGAGCUUUAUCUGAAGCUAUCUGCAAAAAAUUUCUGUCGAAGCAGUAAAUUUGGAAAGACAGAUGUCCCAGUCUGCCUGACCUUUGAGGCAUUUAGAAGAGUGCAGUAGUAGUUACUGGAAUUGUGGCGUAUAAGCAGCGGGAAAUUAGCAACUUAAAGAGGGAGAAGUAAACACCUCUGAAGGGUCUCUGUUUUCUCAAAUGUUAAUGUUAACUAGGUAUUUUACAAGGAUCUGAGCAUAUAAAAGCAGUAAAGGACAGAUGUGUGAAAAAAUACUGGAUAAACUAAAGGAAACUCUACCUCAUUCUUCUCUAAAGGUUUUGUAGAAGCACAAUUAAGCGCUCCUAAUGGCAUUGUUAUGUACAGACCAUCUGGCAUGAAAGAAACACUUUAUAUUUGUAUGUCUAUAAAUCCUGUAAUAACUGUAUUUUGCUGGCAGUAGAAACAGUCUAUACUAUUUGCAGUUUUCCUCAUCAAAUCUGUAAUUAUGCAAUGUUACUGUCUCCAAUAAAGGAAUUUAAUGGGCA